UGCACCAUGUGCCUGUGCAUUUUUGAGCAGUAUAAGAAUGCAUAGGACAUUGCUCCCAUCGUUCACAUUCCUCCAUCUCUCCGUCUCCCUCUCCGGCUCUCCCCGUGUCGGUGGCGCGUGAUCUUCACGUCCAUUACUCGCAUUGAGGGUGGGGGAAGAUGAAGGUGAUAGAGAAGAUCAGCGAGGCCUUCGCGGAGCGCGGCGGAGGCGGCGGCGGGGCCGAUGCCGACGGCGGCGAGCGAAAGAAGGGGGAGGUGGUGUUCUCGUUCGAGUUCUUCACGCCGAGGAAGAAGGCCGAGGUCGACGGCCUGCUGGGCAUCAUCGGCCGCCUGGUGGCCCACGGGCCGGCUUUCUGCGACCUCACGUGGCGGUCCGGCAGCUUGGCCACCGACGACCUCACCCUGGACGUGGUGGGGAAGAUGCAGAACGUGGUCCGCGUGGAGACCAUGAUGCACCUCACCUGCACCAACAUGCCCGUCCCGAGGAUCGACCGCGCGCUCGAGAGGAUCAAGUCCGACGGCAUCCAGAACGUGCUGGCCCUCCGCGGCGACCCGCCGACCGGCCAGGACAAGUUCGUCCCGGUCCCGGACGGCUUCGCCAGUGGGCUGGACUUGGUGAAACACAUCAGAGCCAAAUAUGGGGAUUACUUUGGCAUUACUGUUGCUGGCUAUCCAGAGGGCCAUCCUGAUGUCAUAGGAAGCAAUGGCGUGGCCUCUGAUGAGGCUUACCAGAAUGAGCUCGCCUACUUGAAGCGAAAGGUGGAUGCUGGAGCGGACCUCAUAAUCACUCAACUGUUUUUCGACACCGAUAUUUUCCUCAAGUUUGUGAACGACUGUCGCCAAGUCGGAAUAACUUGUCCCAUUGUUCCCGGCAUCAUGCCGAUUGCCACCUAUAAGGGCUUUGUGCGCAUGACCAGUAUAUGCAAGACAAAGGUACCAGCUGAAGUCGCCGCUGCUUUGGAACCGAUAAAGCAUAAUGAUGAAGCUGUUAGGAACUAUGGAAUUCACCUUGGAACAGAAAUGUGCAGGAAGAUUUUGGCUAGUGGAAUCAAGGGUCUACAUCUUUACACCUUCAACAAGGAAGUGUCGGCUUUGGCGAUACUAAUGAAUCUUGGCUUGAUUGAAGAGGUCAGAGUUUCAAGGUCUCUUCCCCAGAGACAUCCUGCAAGAGUCCUUCCUAUUGAGGAAGAUCGACACCCGAAUUCUAGUACUAUGGAGGCCGAAAAACAGUUUUAGCAUCAGUCCAUUGGUAGACAGGGUGUGGUUCUUCGAUGCAACUAAUUAUUGGCGUCUCAUUAUAGGGCAAAUUGUCCAAAGUGCUAACAUUUCAAGGACCACAGUAUGGGACCAAUGCCCUCUCAAAUCGGGUGAUCAAGGAGCAACUAGGACUGGAGAGGGUCUCGUUCCAAUUCAGGUCAUUGUAUCAUUAAUGUACUUAAAAAGAAAUAUCAAGUUAUAGAGGAAGUUUACAUUCAUUUACGAGUAGAGAUAUGUAUAUUUCAUGUGAUGAUUAACCUAAUGUGGAAAACUUUCCCAA